GUCAAUUAUUUUAUUUCAUUUUUGAAUUUUCGGUUUCAAAUACUCAGAGAGAUAGGAAGAUAAUAUAAUUUCUCUUGUCCACAAUCUCUCUCUUUCUCCCCUCUCUCUCUACUUCUAGGUAUAUUGGAGAUUUCUUCCAUCUUUUGUUUUCUUUUGUAGUUUAAUUUCUCAACUUCUUGUUCAUGUUCUGUGUAGUAAUUUGUUGCUACCUUUUAUUUUGUUUUCUGUGAGAUUAUUUCGUGUUGAUUUCAAACUUGAACAAGAAAAGUGGAUAGAUAUUGUCUCUUGGGUUGAAGCCAAAGAAGGAAAUGAUAAUAUAUACAUACACACACACACACACAAAAAUCAAAGAAGGAAGUUUUAUAGGAUUAUAUAUAUAGCUAGAGAGUCUCAUUUCUUGUAUGUUUCUGUUUAAUCUUCUCUUUUGUCUCCUUUUUUUAUCAGUAUAUGUCUGUAUGUAUUUAUAUAUAUAGAUCUGAAUAUAGUUUGUCGAUUUCUAACUUAUUUCGCCUCUUCUUAUUCUUUUGUUUUUUGCUUUAAGUUUUUUUUUUUGUGUGAUGAUGAACAAAGACAUGUUACUUCACCAGCAUCAGCAACCACAACAAGACGAGAAUAUGUCGAAUCUAACAUCAGCUUCCGGGGAUCAAGCAAGUGUCUCUUCAGGAAAUAUAACUGAAGCAAGUGGUUCUAAUUACUUCCCUCAUCAUCAGCAACAGCAAGAACAACAACAACAACAGUUAGUUGUUCCAGAUUCGCAGACUCAAAAGAAGAGGAGAAACCAACCAGGGAAUCCAGACCCAGAAUCAGAAGUGAUAGCUCUAUCACCAAAAACACUAAUGGCAACAAACAGAUUCGUGUGUGAAAUCUGCAACAAAGGUUUUCAAAGAGACCAGAAUCUACAGCUUCAUAGAAGAGGUCACAAUCUGCCAUGGAAGCUGAAACAAAGAUCCAACAAAGAAGUGAUAAGGAAGAAAGUGUAUGUAUGUCCAGAAGCAAGCUGUGUCCACCAUGAUCCAUCUAGAGCUCUCGGUGACUUAACCGGAAUCAAGAAGCAUUUCUGUAGAAAACAUGGUGAGAAGAAGUGGAAAUGUGAUAAGUGUUCAAAGAAAUAUGCUGUUCAAUCAGAUUGCAAGGCUCAUUCUAAGACUUGUGGCACCAAAGAAUACAGAUGUGACUGUGGCACUCUCUUUUCUAGGAGGGAUAGUUUCAUAACUCAUAGAGCAUUUUGUGAAGCAUUGGCUGAAGAGACUGCAAGAGAAGUAGUAAUACCACAAAACCAGAAUAAUAAUCAACCAAACCCUCUUUUGAUUCAUCAAUCUGCUUCUCAUCCUCAUCACCAUCAUCAAACACAACCAACCAUAAACGUCUCUUCUUCUUCAUCUUCCUCCCACAACCACAACAUCAUCAAUAGCCUUCACUUCGACACCAACAAUGGUAAUACUAAUAAUAGUAACAACAGCAACAACCAUCUCCAUACAUUUCCCAUGAAGAAAGAGCAACAAAGCAAUGACCAUAUCAUGAAUUACCACCAUAGUAUCAUCCCUCCUUGGCUUGCUCCUCAGCCUCACGCACUCACAUCUUCAAACCCUAACCCUAGUAAUGGUGGAGGAGGAGGAGGAAGUUUGUUCUCUCUUGCUUCUCCGGCUAUGUCAGCCACCGCAUUGCUCCAGAAAGCAGCCCAAAUGGGCUCUACAAAGACACCUCCUUUACCACCAACCACGGCCUACGAGAGGUCAACUCAUAAUAACAACCUCACAACGACAAUGGCGGCGAUGAUGACGUCACCAUCUGGAUUCAUCAGCUCCAACAACAACAAUCAUGUUUUGUUUCAAGACUACAACGCAUCCGGGUUUGAUAAUCACGGCAGAGAAGAAGCAUUCGACGAUACAUUUGGCGGGUUCUUGAGAACAAACGAAGUUACAGCCGCCGCAGGAUCAGAGAAGAGUACUAAAAGCGGUGGAGGAGAAGGUUUGACGAGAGAUUUCUUGGGGCUAAGACCGUUAAUGUCUCAUAACGAGAUUCUAAGUUUUGCUGGUCUUGGAAGUUGCAUAAAUAGCUCUGCUUCUGAUCAGCUUCAUCCAAAGCCUUGGCAGGGUUAGUUAGGUUUUUUGCUCAUAAUAUAUAAUAUGUGUAUAUAUAUUUAUAUAUCUAGUUUUGCAUCUUUCUCUUGUUUUGUUCUUCGUUUUAUAAAUUUAUAUGUUGAAUGCUCAUCAAAGGAGAAUCACAGAAAUUGUUACGAGUCGUCUUAUUCAUAUUUCUUUUUUUUGGGGGGUUAUUUGAAGAAAAAAC